CUUAGCUGAGCACCAAAGAUGGUGCGACCCUCGCGGCAAAGGUUUGGGUUCCUCCUUUGCUCAUGCCGGAACUUGGGCAGAUCCUUAGCUCGUUCCUUCCCAAGCAGAUCCUGCUGAUCUGGCUUUGGUCUCCUUUCAGCUCAGCACAAAACUUGGUGCACUACCUCUCCAGGCCAUGGUACCUGCGCCUGCGGGUGGUGCUGCCGGAUGAGCAGAUCCAACGACAAGUGGAGAAGGCAGAGCGCUUCUGGAAGGUUCCGAUCUUCAUCAUUUGUCGCGAUCGGCUGGUGUACCUGCAGAUGUUGGUUUCGCAGCUGCACUCCUUAGGGUACUAUCACCUCAUUGCCUUGGACAACAAUUCCACCUACAAGCCCUUGUUGAACUACUACCAGGAGAAGCUCCUUUGGGUGGUUCGACUUCCCUCGAACUUGGGCAACGAGAUCAGUCACUUGCUGUGGAGAAUGAGGUGGAAUCAGAACACGCACAUGAAGGAGUACAUUGACCGGUUCGGUGGUCGCUACGUGUUGGCCGACCCGGACACCGUCUUCGACGAUGGCGUGCCGGCCAACUGGCUUCAGCAUUUCUGGGAGAUCAUGGACCGACACCAGGCCAAUAAGGUUGGCGCGGCCUUGAGGUUGGAUGAUCUACCAGAGCAUUAUGCUGCGCGGAAACAGGUUUGGCAACAUGAGUGCGACUUUUGGCGGGAAGAUCGAUUGGCUCCAGGAGAGAAACAUGUCUUUUGGGCGCCCAUCGACACCACCAUGGCACUCACCAAGAUCUCCAAGAGCCGCCUCGCCAUGCUCAAGCCCUCCGCCAACGUGCGUGUGGCCGGACCCUAUACGGUUCGGCACCUCCCCUGGUACGAGAACAGCAAGUGGCUCCUGCCGGAUGUUGAGUAUGCUCGGAAACACCGCGGGAAGGGCCACACCUUUGGCUGGUGGUCACACGCCGAGGGCUACGCUCGCAGAGGCAAGCAGAUCAUUGACUCAGAGAGCCAAUCUGGUCAGUUCAAACGUGCCAGCAACCAGACUUUCGCCUUUCCACCGCGCGUGAAGUACUUGGGCUUUUGCCGACGCUUCUCCGCGGAGCAGCUGGACGAGCGAAGCGGGGGGGGAACCCCCCACGCGCCCAUCAACGUCCGCCCAGCGCAGUGUCACUACUCCUACCUCCCCGAGCGCGAGAGCCACCUCGCGCGGGGUCCGGCGAACGUGGCCGUGCGCUGGGCGCGAGCCGCCGCGGGUCCGGAGGAGGACUUCUGGAGGACCCGCUUCGCCCACGACUCAGCUGCCAUCUACACAGCCGUGGCCUCACUGCUUGCCGCCAAACCAGCGGUGGUGCUGGACGUGGGCGCCGGAGAGGGCGCCAGCGCCUUAUGGCUCGCUCGAGCGCUCGGUGGUGGUCUUCCCCACGUGCGGGUGGUGGCAUUGGAGAGCGAGCCAGUGGUCUUUGAACGGCUUUGUCGCAACAUCGCGGCGAAUGGCCCCGACGUUCACGUGGUCGCGCUCCGGGCAGCCCUGGGAGACGAUGAGCACGCGCCGGCCGCCGCGGUGCGACACGGGCAAAGGGGAGGAGAGGUGGUGUCGAUCUCCAGCUUACGAAUGCAAGCGAUUGAGUUGGAAGAGGUCAGUCUGGUGAAGAUCAACCUGGACCGUUCUCUUCCAACCUCAUUGCCUCUGAGCUCCUCCUUGCUCCGCUUCCUGCAGCAAACUCGCUCACACCUCUGGCUCUCGCUCACGCCGCACGGCGGCGCGUUUCCCGCCGCGUUUCCGCGGGCGGCGGUUCGACAGCUGCUGCGGCGCUGUGCGCACCUCUAUGGGGCGGGGCGCGGAACCUCCGUGGCGAACCUGACGGGGCGACGCUGGCGGCUUCCGGAAGACGGUGGACCGCUGUCGAACGUGCUGUGCACGCAAGCGCCAUUGCCUGAAGCAGUGGAGAAGCUAAAGGCCUCGUGGACGGCAACGGAGAACCCGGAGAACCCCGAGGAGAACCCCGAGGAGAACGUCGAGGACAACGAAGGUCAUGGCAGCGGGGAUGAAUCACCCAGCUCGCCAAGGCAUUUUCAGCUUUGGAGCACCUACACCAAAGCUCAGAACUUUGCGAUGAAGGAAGAGGAGGAGUCGGAAGACCUCAUGACCACCCAAGGGCCUUUCUUUCUGGGCCUUGGUGCGGAGCUGGAGCAAGAGCGGCUCUUGUUGGCGAAGGCCAAAACGCCCUGGUGGGUGUUGAGCCCCAACAGCCCCAAGCGGAUCUGUUGGGAUCUCACCGGAGUGCUCAUUCUCCUUUACGAUCUCAUCAUGAUCCCCAUGUACACCGCCUUUCCCUUGGCACCGAACGUGUUUCUCUCCUUGAUGACGGGUGUGACGUUGGGCUUUUGGACCUUGGACAUCUUGGCAUGUUUCUGCGUGGGCUACUACGCCCGCGAUGGGACCUUGGUGGUGAGCCUUCGAAAGAUCGCCAAGCAGUAUCUGUUCACGUGGUUCCCGCUCGACGUGAUCAUCGUGAGCAUUGAUUGGAUCAUCGUUCUGGCGCUCAUCUCUGAAGAGGAGGGCAAAAGCGCUGGGCUCAUGCGUGCGGGAAAGAUGCUCCGCGCGCUGCGGGUGCUCCGCACGCUGCGCCUGCUGCGCUUGGCGAAGCUGCGGCAGCUCCUGAACAAGCUGCAGGACCAGGUGGAUUCCGAGCACAUUUCCGUGCUCUUGGACAUUGUCAAACUCUUGAUUCUCAUUUGUUUCAUCAACCACUUCAUCGCUUGCGCCUGGUAUUUGGUUGGGUGCAACCCGCCUUCACAGUCGAACUCCUGGCUUGCGGUGGAGUUUGGACACCACGAUUGUGAGGACCCCAUGGAUGACCAGUUGUUGUACAAGUACACCACUAGCAUGCAUUGGUCUCUGACUCAAUUUACUCCCGCCUCCAUGAGUGUUCAGCCCACGAACACGGUGGAGCGCAGCUUCGCGAUCGGCGUGCUGCUCUUCGCGCUCUUAGUCUUCUCCUCCUUCGUGGCGAGCCUCACCGGAGCCACCACCAGCUUGCGGAAGAUGACAGGACGGCACUCCUCGCAGCUGUGGCUCCUGCGCAAGUUCCUGCGACAGCGGGAGAUCACCUUGGACCUUCAGGUCCGAAUCAAUCGAUAUAUCAACGUGGUGCUCACCACCACCGAGAAGAGCGUCCAAUAUUCGGAUGUGAAACUCUUUGGAAUGCUCUCUGGACCGCUGCACAAUGAACUGCGGACAGAGCUGAAUAAGCCUCGCUUGUUAGUCCAUCCCUUCUUUGUGAAUAUGAUGGACAAGUUCGAAGCCUUGAUGCGAAAGGUGUGCUUCAAAGUGCCCAGCCAAGUCUCCUUGAGCCGCGCCGACAUCCUCUUCUCCGCCGGUGAGGAGGGCAAGUCCAUGUAUUUCUUGAGCAGUGGGAGCCUGGACUACAUGCAGCACGAGACCAAGGAGUUCGAACAGGUGAAAGCCAACGAGUGGUUUUGCGAAGUGGUUUUGUGGACCCCAUGGGUGCACCAGGGGCGACUUCGAGCCAAGAUCGAGACGGAGCUCAUCGAGCUGAGCAGCGAGAAGUUCCGGGAGGUGGUCGCGGAGUAUCCCAAGCACCUCUCCUUCAUGAGGAUGUAUGGUCUUUCCUUCUUGGCCCAGCUCCAUGAGCUGUACCUGGAGAAGGAUCAUCACCUGACUGAUUUGGACAUGAACAUUGCAGUCAGCGAGAAGAUGACGGACUUUUUGCAGCUCGAAUUGGCUGCAGAUGAUGACACACAAACGGUGGUGAGCGCCGCAUCCGCCUUCUUCGUAUGGCCCACGAAAACCAACUCGAAGGAGACUGAGUUCCCACAGGUGGGCCCAAGAUAUGUCCGAGCGAAGUCGAGGUACAAGCUCACCUCCAGCGAGAGCAGUGUGUUCGACGAUAACUCCCCAACGAAGAGCUACCUGGGGGACGAGGCCUCAGCGAGAAGGUUGGAGGAGGACAUUGAGAUCUGA